GUGGAGAGGAUCAGGGAAGAUUCAGAGAGCUGUGAAGGUGACAGGUUUCAGCUCGGAGAUUGAUGAGGAUGAACCAGGCUGUGAGGCUGCCACUCUCCCUGAUGCUCAGUCUCUCGGUUUCUGUGGGACUGGGCACAGCGCUCAGCAGACACAAAGACGCAGGGCUGUCGUGGAGACGUCCAUCGAUUCGAGAUGUCCCAACUGUGUUCCUGCGGGAUAUUGGGGACUCCUUCCUGCUGUAUGAGUUCCUUGCUGGAGGCCUGAUCAUUGAUGAGAGGAACAUGGUCAGUCUGAUGGACGAGGAGUUAGCCUCAACACGAGCAGCUCCUAUCUUCCUCAACAUCAUGAACACCCAGUUCCCUAAGAACCGGGCUGCCCUCGGGAAAAUGCUGGAGGAGAUUCCAAGCUCGGGAGAGACCUUUGAAAUGGACAUCUUUGAACAAUUACUGCUGGCCUCAGUGUACACGGCACACCGAGGUCACACCAGUGACCAGGCAGACCGGCAGCUCUGGGGAGAUCUCUUCUGCUCACUCAUGGCUCCACUGAUCCGGGAUCUCUCUGGGAAGCGGGUCCGGUGUUGAUCUCUCAGAUCCCAGCCGGUUGUGACCCAGUCACAUACCCUUCCUGAUCAAUCUGGUUUGACCCACUCCAAACAGGACUGAGAGUAAAUAGAGGUUUGCUCUGCUCCCACCGAAUGUCCAGGCUUACUCCUGCCUAAUGAGAGAUAGCACAGCCCGCCUUCACCCGGCUUCAACUCCCACAGAUCGCAGUCUUCACCCUGGACAACUACCAAUCACCUCAAACCCAAACUCCUCACUCCCUCCAGCUCACAGCACAAAAUGUACUUCCACAUCACUCCCUCCCAGAGAGGGAACACUGCCCCAGUGAGGGAACACUCUCCCAGAGGGGGAACACUCUCUCAGUGAGGGAUCACUGUCCCAGUGAGGGAACAAUCUCUCAGUGAGGGAACACUGUCCCAGUGAGGGAACACUGUCCCAGUGAGAGAACAUUCUCCCAGUGAGGGAACAUUCUCUCAGUGAGGGAACACUGUCCCAGUGAGGGAACACUCUCCCAGUGAGGGAACAUUCUCUCAGUGAGGGAACACUGUCCCAGUGAGGGAACACUCUCCCAGUGAGGGAACACUGUCCCAGUGAGGGAACACUGUCCCAGUGAGAGAACAUUCUCCCAGUGAGGGAACACUGUCCCAGUGAGGGAACAUUCUCUCAGUGAGGGAACACUCUCCCAGUGAGGGAACACGUCCCAGCGAGGGAACACUCUCCCAGUUUGGGAACACUCUCCCACUGUGGGAAUACUGUUCCAGUGAGGGAACACUGUUCCAAUGAGGGAGCACUGUCCCAGUGAGGGAACAUUUUCCAGUGAGGGAACACUCUCCCAGUGAGGGAACACUCUCUCAGUGAGGGAACACUGUCCCAGUGAGUGAACACUGUCCCAGUGAGGGAACACUCUUUCAGUGAGGGAACACUGUCCCAGUGAGGGAACACUCUCCCAGUGAGGGAACAUUCUCAGUGAGGGAACACUCUCCCAAUGAGGGAACAUUCUCCCAGUGAGCGAACAUUCUCAGUGAGGGAACACUCUCCCAGUGAGGGAACAUGGUCCCAGUGAGGGAACAUUCUCCCAGUGAGGGAACACACUCCCAGUGAGGGAACAGUCACACAGUGAGGGAACAUUCUCCCAGUGUGGGAACGCUGUCCCAGUGAGGGAACACUCUCUCAGUGAGGGAAUGUUGUCCCAAUGAGGGAACACUGUCCCAGUGAGGGAACACUCUCCCAGUGAGGAAACGCUCUCUCAGUGAGGGUACACUGUCCCAGUGAGGGAACACUCUCAGCAAGGGAACAUUCUCCCAGUGAGGGAACACUCUCCCAAUGAGGGACCACUCUCUCAGUGUGGGAACACUGUCCCAGUGAGGGAACACUGUCCCAGUGAGGGAACACUCUCCCAGUGGGGGAACACCGUCCCAGUGAGGGAACACUCUCCCAGUGAGGGAACACUGUCCCAGUGAGGGAACACUCUCCCAGUGAGUGAACACUGUCUCAGUGAGGGAACACUGUCCCAGUGAUGGAACACUGUCCCAGUGAGGGAACAUUCUCCCAGUGAGGGAACACUCUCUCAGUGAGGGAACACUGCCCCAGUGAUGGAACACUCUCUCAGUGUGGGAACAUUCUCCCAGUGUGGGAACACUCUCCCAGUGAGGGAACACUCUCCCAGUGAGGGAACACUGCCCCAGUGAGGGAACACUCUCCCAGUGAGUGAACACUGUCCCAGUGAGGGAACACUCUCUCAGUGAGGGAACACUGUCCCAAUGAGGGAACACUCUUCCAAUGAGGGAACAUUCUUACAGUGAGGGAACACACUCUCAGUGAGGAAACACUUUCCCAGUGAGGGAACACUCUCCCAGUGAGGGAACAUUCUCCCAGUGAGGAAACACUCUCUCAGUGAGGGAACACUGUCCCAGUGAUGGAACACUCUCUCAGUGUGGGAACAUCCUCCCAGUGUGGGAACACUCUCCCAGUGAGGGAACACUCUCCCAGUGAUGGAACAUUCUCCCAGUGAGGGAACACUGUCCCAGUGAGGGAACAUUCUCCCAGUGAGGGAACAUUCUCCCAGUGAUGGAACACUGUCCCAGUGAUGGAACACUCUCUCAGUGAGUGAACACUGUCCCAGUGAGGGAACACUCUCCCAGUGAGGGAACAUUCUCCCAGUGAUGGAACACUGUCCCAGUGAUGGAACACUCUUUCAGUGAGUGAACACUCUCCCAGUGAGGGAACACUCUCCCAGUGUGUGAACACUGUCCCAGUGAGGGAACACUCUCUCAGUGAGUGAACACUGUCCCAGUGAGGGAACACUCUCCCAGUGUGUGAACACUGUCCCAGUGAGGGAACACUCUCUCAGUGAGGGAGCACUGUCCCAGUGAGGGAACACUCUCCCAGUGAGGGAACAUUCUCACAGUGAGGGAACACUCUCCCAGUCAUGGAACACUCAAACUGCAGUGGGGGGCAGUGUUCCAGUGAGGGAACACUGACACAUUGUUACAAUCCAAUUCUAUAGGCAAUAAUUACUGAUCAUUUCAACUGUACAUUGCUGUCUACAAUAUAUUGUUACUUUUCAUUUCUAGAGUCUAUAAUUACUGUCUACAGUAUAUUGUUACU